UCAGUUUAGAAGAAGAUUAGGUUUAUUAUAUACAUCUUUGUAUUCCACCGACCCUUUCUUCCAAGUGUUUGUACAUUUCAAUCCCCAAAUCGAUUUGUUUUCCAGUGCCAAACCCUAGCCUUUAUCUACGUGUGUCCUUACUGUUCGACUCGGCCUCAAAUCAGUUAGCUCUGGAUCUCCGAACAGAACAGAACAGGUACUGUUCAGCAACGCCUCCAUUACUGGGUCGUAUCUGCAGAUUCUAUUUGGGUAACAAAUCAAGAAUCUUGUUCCGGAAUAAGUGCGUCAGAAGAUAUUAGGUCCAUGAUUCUAGUGUAGCAUGUCAAACAACCUUGUCUCACAGGUACAUCAGUUUACAGGACCAAGCAAUCAAGGAACUGAGCUGGAAUCCAUAGCGAAUAAUAUGGAAUCAUCCGUAUCUGAAAUGCAAAUGGGCGUUGUUGGCUCUGUAGGAUAUAUAUCAAGUCAUCCUGUUUCGCACCAACUAAUUUCAGAUAAUCCCUUGCCGCAGAGAGUAGGAUCAAUAGACAUGCAGAUGGGUAAGACUGAAACCAAAGCUAAUGACACUCUGCAAUCAGAUCAAUAUUUAACCAAUCAAAUAGGACACUUGGGACCUAUGUUGAAUAUGGAGCAAGUGUCUGCAUCCUUUAAGCGCAAGGCACCUAUGGAACCCAUUUCCAUUAACUCUAUAUCAGAGCAGCUGUCACUUAAGCGAAUGGCACAACCGCAGCAUAGACCAUGGUUGCAUCAGAUGCCUGCACCAAAUAAGAAAAUUGUGCAAUUGGAAACUAUGCCAAAUUCUCCAGGCUCACAUAAUUCUCCGACUUUUAACAAGAAAAUGGUAAAGAUGGAUUCUUUUUCCAACAAGUCUGGUUCACAGCGAACACCAAGUCAGAAAGGUCAAAGUGCACGGAUACAGCCGCCUUCUAAAGUUUCAACAGAAUCGUCUGAAUCUGUAAGAUCCAAGAUGAGAGAACAAUUAGCUUCUGCCUUUUCUUUGGUUAAUCAACAGGAGAACAAACCUUCACAUAAUCUUAAUAACUGUUCAAGUCAGGGGAAUCUUCAACCUGGUGAUCAUGUUGACCCUGAAACUAUAGUAUCUCAUGAAAAUGUGUCCUCUGGGGAUAAUAAUUUAUCUGAGCAGAAAAAUGACAAGGAGAAAGGUGAAUGUCAAAAUAUUCUGGCUAAUGUAGGAAAUGAUGAUUCAGCACUAACCUCGAUUGGUGAUGGCAGAGAAUUCCAAUCAGGUAACCUUUUGUCGUAUAAUGACGUGUCUUUUAGUGAGAACUUCUUUGUCAAAGAUGAGCUCUUGCAGGGAAAUGGGCUUUCAUGGGUAUUGGAAUCUGAUAUAGAGAUGGUUGGGAGAAAGAAAAUGCAAAACGCUGAAAAGGAGAAGUCAGGUCAUGAAGAAGUAGCUGGAGAUAAGCUGGAGCAAACAUACCAAUCUCCAGAAAAUUUGGCGUUUAAAAUUGAAGCAGAAUUAUUCAAAUUAUUUGGAGGCGUGAAUAAAAAGUACAAAGAGAAGGGAAGGUCUCUUCUAUUCAACUUAAAAGAUCGCAAUAACCCGGAGUUGAGAGAAAGAGUUAUGAGAGGGGAAAUAUCACCUGAGCGUCUCUGUUCGAUGACUGCAGAGGAGCUUGCUUCCAAGGAGCUUUCUGAGUGGCGGAUGGCGAAGGCAGAAGAGCUUGCACAAAUGGUAGUUUUGCCAGAUUCAGAUGUUGACAUUAGACGUUUAGUGAGAAAAACACACAAGGGUGAGUUUCAAGUUGAGGUUGAACAAGACGAUAGCCUUCCUAUGGAUAUUUCUGGUGGUUCAAGUUCAGUUGCUCAGAGUUGGCCAAAAAGAAAGGAGAAGGAAGUCCCUCCUUCAAAAUCUGAUGGAGAUAAAGGUGAUUUGAAUUCUUUGGGCGAUCGUAGUACUUCAUGCACAUUUACUAUUAUUCCUUCAUGUGAAGCGAAUGAUUUAAUCGAAGGGCUCAUGGUUGAUGAUGGAUUGAAGGAUGCAGAGUUUCUUCCUCCAAUUGUUUCUCUGGAUGAAUUCAUGGAAUCCCUUGAUUCAGAGCCACCAUUUGACAAUUUACCAUUGGAUGAUUCAGAGAGGAGGACACCUGUAUCAGAGAAGGAUGAUUCUGAGGUUGGCUCUGGAUCCAAGUCAUUGGACCGAAGUCCCAAAGAUGUUGAUGCUUCCUCCGAAAAAUGCGACAAUACAAACACAGAUGAUGAUGAUGCGAAACCUGGUGACAGUCAAGCUGAUUUAAAAUCAAGUGGUCCUUGUGCCGAAGCAGAAUCCAGAGAAAAUCUUGAUGAUGUGAAGUUCAAAGAAUGUCUUGUUAAUGUGAAAUCUCGUGACAGUGUCUUAAAAACCGAGACAUCAUUGUCGCCGACACCCAAGGGGGAGCAUGUAUGGGGAGGUUUGGUUCAGUUGAAUAUCUCAACCUCAGCAACUGUUAUUGCCCUCUUUAAAAGUGGUGAGAAAACCUCUGCUAAUGAGUGGCCUGGGUUUCUUGAAAUCAAGGGGAGAGUUAGACUAGAUGCAUUUGAGAAGUUUCUUCAAGAGCUUCCACUAUCCCGUAGUCGUGCUGUCAUGGUCGUUCAUUUCGUUAUCAAAGACCAGUCAUCUGAAAGUGAGAGUGCAGCCCUUCAGGAGGUGGCAGAUUCAUAUAUUGUUGAUGAGAGAGUGGGUUUUGCCGAGCCUGCUUCAGGAGUAGAACUUUAUUUUUGCCCACCACAUAACAAGACAGUUGAAAGGCUCGGCAAAAUCAUCCAGAAGGAACACAUUGAGGCACUUAACGCAAUAGAUAAUGGCUUAAUUGGUGUUAUUGUAUGGAGAAAAUUAAGUACCACAUCUCCCAAAUCAUCGUCUCACCACAAACACACGUCCAAAAAGCAUCAUAUCACAUCUAGGAGACAUCAAGAUUCAAGUUUAAAUUCCAAUUUCACACCCAAGCAGGCCUUGCCUCACCUAGCGACCACCAACUACAGACCUUCACCUGCCGAUGACGAUGACGAAGAUGAUGUUCCUCCUGGGUUUGGUCCUCCAGCUGCCCGGGGGGACGAAGAUGACCUCCCUGAAUUCAAUUUUUCUGGUGGUUCAAAUCAACCACUGCCAAAUAUUUCUGCCCGGAACCCCUCUAGGGGGGCGGUUCCGGCACCAUAUCACCCACUUAAUACUUGUCCCGUUGAGCAAGUGAGAGAACUUAUACACAAAUAUGGACAAAACAAUACCUCAGCGAUUCCACCGGGAAAUUGGAAGGACAAAGGUGUAAGUGGGGUUGGCGUUCAGCACUGGAAUGAUGAUGAUGAUGAUGAUAUCCCAGAAUGGCAGCCACAAGUACCAACACAACACGUGCCCAACUUCCAACAGCCAAUGCUGCGACCUCACGUUCAAAAUCAGCCACAUUUUGGGUUAGUGCCUCCGCAGCCUGCCCAUCAAGCAAUGCAGCCUCCAGUGAAUGGUCCAGAAAAUAUGGCUUUGUGGCAGCAGCAACAGCAGCAGCAAGGCACUUGGUGGGCUCCUCCUGCCCCCGGCAACGGCCUUCGGCCAAGUAAUAUAGGUUGUCAGCCUGAUGUAGGGCAAAUGUAUGGGGCCUCUGGCCGUGGGAUAGUUAAUCAACCAGGCAUGGUCUGGCAACAAAAUACCCCUAAAAGUAGAGGAUUUUGAUCACCACCUGUAGAGUUUAAUGUUCUUUUUUUCAUUCAGUAGAUGGAAAGAAAGUAGUGAUUUUUUUGUUUAGUUGUGAAUUUUCGCCAAUGGAGCAAAGCCAAAUCAAAUAUAGGGCCGCUUUAGAAAGCAAUGUGUAGCUUUUCGUAGGAGUUAUUCGAUUAUUGUUGUUGGUUGGUACUAUUUUCCAAAUUUCAAAGACCAAAACUGAUAGGUAUUUAGAAUGAAGUUGAAUUAAAUGACGGACGGCUUCACAUA